CAUGCAGUGGCAUGGCCGUUUCGCAACAGCAUAUUCAGCGGGCUCUGGCUGAACUAUCCGGUUGUAUUGGCAGCGCUCCUCCGCUAUCCUUGUCCCCGGCCGGCUGUGCGGAGCUUUUACAAGCGGUUGUUGUCUGGGCUGCACCCGGUUCUGAGCCAGAGAACAAGCAUAAAGUACCGGAGAGAGCGGCAGCCGCGGCCCGAGCAUGUCUCCGGCUCCUGGAAGCGGUGAGGAUCUCAUCACGUGACAAAGAGGAGCCCGAAGAUUCGCAAAUUACAUGUUAUGGGGCGGUAUCUACCAAUGGUGCAACGCCAGAAUCUGCCUUUGGAAUCGCGGAGGCGGGGCUAAAAUGCGCUCCGCAGGAAGAGAAUGGGACUGUCGGAAAGCUUGUAGAGGAGGAUUUGACAGAUAAUGCAAAGGAUGAUUCAAAACCAGAGGGAUUGCCUACCUCCUCAGAGGCAGCGCUGGACUCCUCAAGGGUGUGGCCAGAGGAUCCUCAGUGUAUUCUGCGCUGUGCUACAGCACCCAUACUAAUUCUGUGUGGGGCGCAUUCACUAGACAGGCCUUGGACAAAUGAUUUAUCGCGGACUCUGACUGCGCAGCUUCUCAGAAAGCUAAUAUAUGCCUCCAACUGUGAUAGUGUUACUGAUUUACUGCGAGGACCCUCAGACCGAGAAUCUGAGUUUGGGACAUUUAGAGAAGUAUUGAGACUACUUAGACCCCGGCUGUGCAAGGAGACGUGGCAGUCGCACCCCGAUGCACCGCAUGUCUUCUCCUGGGUGCUGUCCCUGGUUCCUCGGCCCUGGCUGCCGGAGUUUCUGAGCCAAGUCCUGCCUCCGGCUCUUCUGCUCUCCGAUGAUUAUAAGCCUGAGAACAAAGUGCUGGGAAUAUCGUGUCUGCGUCACAUCAUCCGGAACGUGCCGUCAGCAGAGCUACGACAGUAUAACCGCGCGCUGGUGGUAUACCAAGCGUUACGCAAUCACCUGUAUGCGACCGAUGCCGAUGUUAUCGAGGUGGCCCUCCCCUGCCUGCUGGAUCUUUUCCCCGUCCUCCACAAGCGUCCUCCGGCCGUCGGGGAAUACCAAAAGGAUGGAGAGGACCCAUCGGACCAAGUCAUGCAGCUGGUCCUCACACACAUGGAGAUGGAGCACAAGAUCGCCCUGCGCAGGUCGUACGCUCGCUACCUGCCUUCUCUCCAGGAAAGGCUUGGCAUGAGGGUGGUCCGCCACAUGAAGAGACUUCUGCGCGUAAUCGUUGGGUACCUGGAAGUCUGUGAUGGGCCAGAAGAAACCACCAGGCUUUGUAUUUUAGAGACUUUGCAGGGGACUAUCAAAUACGCCUGGCCCCGAAUCCCUCAUAGGCUGCCGCUUCUCCUGAAGGCCCUUUUGAAACUCAUGUAUGAUGUUACCUGUGAACCAGUUCAGACUCCGGAGCCGGUGACGGAAGCCUUGCUUUGUGGGGCCACAGAGUGCCUGCUCCUAUUAGACCGAUGCUGUGACGGACAGGUCAAGGCUGCUCUUAAAGGAGUCCCCUCUCUGUGCGCUGAACCUCGUCUGGUGAAAUGCCUCGCAGCCGUCCAGCAGGAUUCCUGACCCAUGCCGCUUAAUAUGCUAAAUAAAUACCUUAAACACCUAA